CUUCGUCACUCAAAUAAUUAUUCAUCAUCCAUCAUCCAUCAUCCAUCAUCCAUCAUCCAUGACCAUAACAUUCCAAAUCUGAAGAACCUUCACAUUGAUCCAAUGGCCGCAGCCUUAGAGUGCUGGUCAAGCCGCACCACCACCACCACCGGGGACGAUGACAUGGUAGAACAAGUCCUCAUGAGGACCCACCAUAGAUCCGAGGGUACCUCUCCCAAAGACUCACCUUUCCCUGUCCACAAAAAGCUUCAGAAACUCACUCGUAACGUCUCUGAAGCCAUUGCUUCCUUCAAAAACUCCCUUAACCUUGAUUCUCCACCCUCUUCUUCUUCUUCUUCCAAAAACGAUGCUUCUUCUCGGAAACUCGCUUGGGGCACCGUUGUUCGCAGCCUCACUCAGCUCUACCCUGGAAGCCAGCUUCCUGAGAAACUCAUGUCCAACAUUCGCAAACACUAUGAUUCAUUGCCUCUCAGUUAUGCACAGGCUGAGUUUGAUAUGAAAGAUGUCUUUCUUCACAUAAAGUUGAUGGAGCAAGCUUCAGAGAGUGACCACCCUGCCAUUUUGAUUCAGGAGUGUGAUGAUGAAAAUCGAGGGUCGGCGUUGAAGCUAACUUUUGCUUGCAACUCUACAAUUUCGUGGCCUGCAAUGUCUGGUGCGUUGAAUAGUUCCUUCAUUUGUUGCAAGAAGGUGCAGAUCUUUGAGAAGAAAGGUUUUACCUUGGGGGUUAUGCUUCUUGUUGUUCAGUUUGGGCAUGAUAAAAUGUUGAGGACCAGGGUUGAAAACUCUUUGAAGUUCGCCAUGAGGAAGCCCAAAACAAACGCUGUGAAGCUUCCCUUUGGGCUUUGUGGGUGCCACGAAGAGAAUUCCAAGGGGAGAGAACUUGUGGAGAUUGAAGAAGAUGCUGGUGAUGCUUACCGUGGAAGGGAGUUUGAGAAUUCAAGCCCAAAGGUUCAGCUUCAGUUGCCCUUGCCUUCUUCAUCUUUUGUUGUAUCUGUGGAUGAAUGGCAGACAAUAAAGUCAGGUGGGGAUGAGAUUGAGAAAUGGUUGUUGAACUCAGAUAGUGUUGAGUUCGUUGAACAGAUUGGACCCAGUUCUUAUAAAGGGGUAUAUAUGGGGAAAAGGGUUGGGAUUGGGAAGCUGAAAGGGUGUGAUAAGGGAAACUCUUACGAGUUUGAGCUCCACAAGGAUCUGCUAGAACUGAUGACUUGUGGUCAUAGAAACAUUCUUCAGUUCGGUGGCAUUUGUGUGGAUGAUAAUCACGGGUUGUGUGUGGUGACUAAAUUCAUGGAUGGUGGGUCUGUUCAUGACUUAUUGUUGAAGAACAAGAAGCUUCAGACUAAGGAUAUUUUGAGAAUUGCAGUUGAUGUAGCUGAGGGGAUCAAGUUCAUGAAUGACCAUGGUGUUGCAUAUAGAGACCUUAAUACACAGAGGAUUCUGUUGGAUAGGCAUGGGAAUGCUUGUUUGGGAGAUAUGGGUAUAGUCACUGCCUGCAAGAGUGUUGGAGAAGCAAUGGAGUAUGAAACUGAUGGUUAUAGGUGGCUUGCUCCAGAGAUAAUUGCAGGGGACCCAGAGAAUGUGACAGAGACAUGGAUGAGUAAUGUUUAUAGUUUUGGGAUGGUAAUUUGGGAGAUGGUAACUGGUGAAGCUGCUUAUUCUUCAUUUUCACCGGUGCAAGCAGCAGUUGGAAUUGCUGCAUGUGGCCUUAGACCUGAAAUUCCCAAAGAUUGCCAUCAAAAUCUAAAAUAUAUUAUGACAAAGUGCUGGAACAACACCCCUUCAAAACGUCCUCACUUCUCUGAAAUUUUAGCUAUAUUGUUGCGACCAAACAACAAUAGAUAAACUUCUAUAUAUUAUAUUAUAGGCCUUUGUGGAACUUAGUCUGUUGAUAAGAAAAUGAUCACAAGUUCAUGUAAAAACAUGAAUCCCCUUCCUCAUAUAGCUGUAAUGAAGAUGUAAAUUUUCUACUUUUUG